CGGCUGGACUGCCAGCUGCCAGGCUGCUGCCUGCUACUGCUGUCGCUACUACUACCUUGUUGCGGUGGUUUUCUCAAGAGGAAUGCUAUCUAUCGCGCGGCGCGUGCGAGGCCCAUGCCGCCGCGGCGAAGCACAUGCGGCGAGGGCUGCCUUGGAGACAACGACAGCAGCAGCGGCGUCCUGCCGGCGAUCCGUUCCGGGUGCCGGUCUCCACCUCCUCCGCUUCCUCCGAAGCACGGCAGGACCCACGCCCACGCCACACAGCAGUAGACAGCCACCUCUUGCGAUAAGACAUCGUCACUCUCCUGUUGGUGCAGCGGCGGGGGCAACAAUGCCCCCGUGCCCACCAUGUCGGGCGAUGGCUGCGUCUGCGACGGCUAGUGGCCCGGACGUCAUGGCGGGGCGGCUGCAGGGCAGUGACGAGGCAGACGUCCGUGCUGCCGGCGGGAGGGAGGAGCAGGAGGAAGGAGCUGGUGCAUCUCACGGCCUGAUCGGCGGGGUAGAAUAUCUACUCACAACGGAGGCGGGGGAUGACGACGGCGGAGAUGUCGACCAAUCAGCAACGGAGGCCGAGCCAGACGACGACGAUGUCGACCAAUCAGCAACGGCCACCGAGCCCGGGUACGGGGAGGCGUUACCGCCGCCAAAGAUCAAAGACCCGUCCGUGAUGCGCCUAUCUCGCCGCAUCGCGAGGUCCGGCAUAGCUUCUCGGCGUGAGGCCGAGCGUAUGGUCGAGGCGGGGGUGGUAAUGGUGAACGGAGCGACGGUGCAAACUCCGGCGCUGAACGUCGGCCCACGAGACAUCGUCAAAGUCAAUGUGGGUUUAUUCCUGCAGCUGGGGAAUGGGGCUGAUUAUCGCUUUUUCGUCCAGGUGGACUUUGAUGCACUGCUAUUGUGCUUAUCAUAUCUUAGCGAUACGGCAUUGGGGAAGGUGCUGGAAAGGCCGGAAAGCCACACGCCGAAGCUGUGGAUGGUGCACAAGAUGAGGAACGAGCUGGUCACGCGAGACGACCCGGAAGGGCGUCCGACCGUGUUCGACAGGCUGGCCAAGCUCAAGCUGCCCGACACGCUGAUGCCAGUGGGCCGGCUAGACUACAACACGGAAGGCCUCCUGCUGCUGACGAAUGACGGGGACCUAGCACGCAAGAUGGAGCUUCCGAGCAGCAACAUCGUGCGCACCUACUCCGUUCGAGUCUACGGCAACGGAUCGAAUGUUCAAGUUAUGUUAUUUUAG